AUCUCUUGUCGUCCUCUGUAAGAGAGAACUUGGAGUUGAAUGAGAGAGAUGUUGAUGAAUGGAACUGUCUUCGACGGGUAGAUCAAAUUUCUAGUCACGAAGAGUUUUAUUUAUUUGUGCGUCAACUUUCUUUUAUUUCCAUAUCCAAACUAGACCAAGUCUUCUUCUUUCAGAACGUAAAAAACAUGAUAUUUAUUUGUCCUUUGCUGAGUUAAUGUACUACAGAGGCGUUCUCCCCAGGCAUCUCCUGACGGACCAUCUCAUGGCAAAUAUUUAGACCUUAAAUGGAAUAAACAUUGUGUCAAAAGGCGAACCUCAACAAUGCAUAAGCAGAAUAUGGCUUUUACCAACUCUUCAUAUGCCCAAGUGGCGGGAAUCCAGAGUGAAGUUAACAAGGUCACAGUGACACGCGUGGCCGGAAGUGAAGUGGAAUACCAUCGUCAGAUGAACUUAUAUCGAAAAGACAUGGAAAUUGUCGUUAGAAACCUUCGCAAAGAACAGAAGAAGCUGAGAAAGGCGAUCUUCAUGUACUCCAGAAAACUACACGAAAGCCAUCGUGAGCGAGCCCGAAGGGACGUCGAGGACAGAAUGAGGGACAAAAAAAGUUUCGAAAACAGGCAAAAAGUAUCAGAAAUCAUGAAAAUGCAAGAUACACAAAUUCUGUCCAUCGUCCGAGAAAAUAAUGAUGUAUCAUUAGAAAGUGAGGAGCAUAAGGCAGCCGAGGCACGAGAUGAGGAGGAGAAGGAUGAGACAGAUGAAGAGACAGAUGACAAACACGCUGAAGAUUUACCAGAGCAGGUCGAGGACAGAGGUGGAGUCAUUCUUCCUCCAAUCAGCGCCCCUUUAACAAGUACUAACGUCGAUUCCUCUGACUGGGACUGUGACCACGUGACGAGGGAAGAAAGAACACUUCCAGAAAUAAAAGUAACUUCCGAAUGGGAGAAUAAACUUAGUAAACAUUUCAGAACUUUAAAACCAAAGAAACAAACUGUCUCUUAUGCGGAUAUCAUAAAAUUACAACACUCUACAAAUCCCGAAAAGCUAUUCAGUCUGGUGAAUAAACUGGCACUAAAGCAUGGAGUCAAAGACAGAGGCUUAGAACAUGGGAAGGCAAACUUACCUAGAAAUACCCAAGAAAGAUCGGUGCAAUCAAAGAUAGGUUCUGGUCUGCAUGCAGUGAACUAUGGCUACACCAUUGCUAGUAGGCAAGACAAUUCAAUUCCCUCGCUCAAAGUGGACAGACAUUUAUUAAAUGAGAGUCCUUUGGAAGACGCCCAAGGUCGUCACGAUAUAUAUAGUACAGAGAAAAGUCCAGAAAUAUAUUCACACGUGGUGAAGUCUCCGAAAUCAAUCAUUCUGCCGUCAAUUCAUAAGGUUCCUCCAGAAGAAAGUUUUUCAUCUCACAAAAGACCACAAAAACGUGGACCCAUAUCCUGGACUCAGGCUAUUGCAUUAAUUAAAAGUGUGCAUAGCUUAUAACUGUAUUCAAACCAAACAUGGUAUUCAGACAUGGCUUUAUUGAAAUCUUUUAUUACAUUUCUGUAGUCGAAAUCCAGAGUGAAAUGUAUUCUA